GCAUGUGCUAAUGCCUAAUUCAUCUGCGCCACUCAAUCAAAUGUUCAAUCGUUCGAUACUACUUCCUAUGUGCUCUAUAAAAUAGCUAUUAUAAACUCAACCAAAUUCAUCACAUAAUCAAUUGUAUUCAAGUGUCUAAGCCUUCCAUCUGCACAAGUCCUUGUAUUUCAAUAUCAGCAGAGUUUAUCCUGAAUACUACAAAUUUUUGAUUUUAGCAUCAUGGGUAUUCAUGUUCCUCGUAUCACUAGUCUCAAGCAAAUUCUCAACCGCCAAUUCUCCUCAACAAAUCUUGAUCGUAGUACAAAUGUCCCGAAGGGAUGCAUGGCAGUUUAUGUCGGGGAGGACCAAAGAAGAAGAUUUGUAGUUCCGAUCUCUUACUUAAACGAGCCUACUUUCCAAGACCUGUUAAGUCAAGCAGAGGAAGAAUUUGGGUUUAGUCAUCCAGAAGGCGGCCUCACAAUUCCAUGCAACGAAGACACCUUCAUUGAUAUGUUGAACAGAUUAUGAGAGUUUAUAUAUAUGUUGUUAGAUAGUGUACAAAUUUUGUAGACUAGUCCAGAUAUUUUAUAUAUGACUCUCAUAUAAAUAUUUUUGGUAGAGCAUUAGCUGAUACUUUGUACUUUGAUCACAUUAAUUUCUACAUGGAUAUGAUCUUUGCAAUCACUAUGUAGUCAUUAUAUAUAUUUAUAAGUACUUUUUAUUUGAAAUAUAGUUAUAUAGAUAAGCAGCAUUAUACAUUAUUGGUUCCAAUCACAAAUUUAAUUGUUCAAGAGAAGAGCAAUUUCCAUGUCAUUAUAGUCUGAAGUGGCGUUUCCAUGUAGAGAAGACAUUCGUUAACCUCACUUUAGUCUUGCGCAGAUAUA